AUGAACGAUCCAGAUGCGCAAGAGGAAAAGGAUAUAAUACCUCACCCCCUGCUAGAUCAGUAUGUGUCCAUGAUCGACCCAGCUCGAGCCCAGACCGUCGAUACCGACAUAGCCAGACACUGUGCCUACAGCCUCCUGGGGGUGGCGCCGACCCCGAGCAGGCAGAAUCGGCACUGCCUGAGAGAUACGUACGAGACGCUGGCUUCCGACGUGCAGUGGAAGGUCCGUCGGACCCUAGCCUUCUCCAUCCACGAGCUGGCUGUGACCCUUGGGGAUCAGUUAACGGCUGCCGACCUGCGGCCCAUCUUCAGUGGACUUUUAAAGGACCUGGAUGAAGUACGACUAGGACUUCUGAAACACCUGUAUGACUUUCUAAAGGUUGUAGCGAUUCUGCAGAAGUUCUUUUCCAACAGUGAAAGUGCAUUGGGGUUAAAUUUCAUCAAUGAACUCAUCCUCAGGUUCCGGCACUGUUCUAAGUGGGUCGGAAGGCAAGCCUUUGCUUUCAUUUGUCAGGCAGUGGUGAGUGAGGAGUAUCCUGUGGACCAGUUUGUUGAACACUUACUCCCCAGCCUUUUAAGCCUUGCAUCAGAUCCUGCGCCAAACGUAAGGGUUUUGCUCGCCAAAGCUCUAAGACAGACACUGUUGGAAAAGGUGUAUUUUAGAAAUGCCGGUAACCCUCAUCUUGAAGUCGUUGAAGAGACUGUCUUAGCUUUGCAGUCCGACAGGGACCAAGAUGUUUCCUUUUCUGCCACCCUAGAACCAAAGCGGUGGAAUAGUAUAGACACUACCAUGCUAGAAAACCAGAAUUAACCAGUCUGUGAUCACUCACAGUCUGGUCAUUUCAUGUGUGGCAUACGCUGCUCACCAUACCUUGAAGGGGCACUGAUUGUGUCAUACCUGCCCAGGGAGGAAAGAUUUCUGAGACUCUGAUGUGUGCUCAAAUGACCCCUUUCCCAUCUGCACUCACAGGAGCUACUGCUGGGACGGGCAGGGGUCCCAGGUGGCCCGGCCUGUGCUGUGCUUCUGUGCCCCUGUCUGCCUGAUCAGGAAAUCUGUGAAAAGGCUGUCGAACCAGGUGGCUCACUGAGGUGGCGGGGGGGCGGGGGACCUCCUUGGCAUCAGACUGCCUGUGAGGGGUUUGUUUUCUCUAUUACAGACUAUAUUAUUUAACCCCCAGCCAACACCUCCCCCCCAAAAAUAAAGUACGUUAUUAGAAGCUUUUAAGUCUUUGAUAGACUUGUAUAUUUGGCUUCCCUCAUGCUUUCUUAUAAAAUAUAGUUUACGGUAUUAUAUUUUAUUUUUAACUGAAAUACUGUACAUAUGUAAAUAACUCUUGACAGGAAGAAAAUAUAUUAAUGUAAGAUUAGCCUCCUAUCAGUGAACAGAACAAAUACAUCAUUUAAAUUUAUGCUCCACUUUGAGUUGCUGCAAAUAUAGCCCAAUUUGUUUACUUUUGAAAAAUGUGAUAGUUAAAUCUACUAAAGACUGAUUUAUGGCAAUCUUUCUGAUAUUGUACUUUUGUUGUAAACUGUACUCGGAACUUUUCCUCAAGCACUCACCCCCUCCUCUUCUUGCGGGAACUGUUUCCAUAAAGAUAG